AUGCGGUGGCCGGAGUGCUGCGGCUGCUCCCCACCUGCGCUCGUGGCGGCGGCGGCGGGGGCUGGCGCCCCGCGGCGGCUGACACUGGAGCCGGGCCGCUGCGUGCCGCCGGGGCCCGAGGAGGGCGAGCAGCCGCUGCUGGUGCAGCAGGAGAGCGCCUCCCUGGCCGCCAGCCGUCUGGCUUUGCUGAAGGAGCAGGAGGCCCUGAGCGCCCAGCUGCGCGUGCGCAGGCACCCCAGCCUGCUCCGCGGCGGAGUGCAGGCCAGGCGCCUCGACGCGGGUUCCCCGCUGCUGGGGCUGAACAGCCCCACGCACAGCGAGAGCUGGGGCAGCCGCGCGGGCUCCGACGUCAACUCCGCCAGGAGCUUCGGAAGCCGCGCGGGCUCCAAGGCCGCCCGCGCCCUCAAGCUGAUCGCGCGGGCGCCCUCCAGCGGCAGACCGCCAUCGGCAGGGAGCCCCCCCACGGCGGCGGCCGCGAGGUCGCCGUGCGUGUCCGCCACGGGCUCCGAGCCCAGGCUGCUGUCGGAGAGCCCCGAGAGGUGCAGCGCACGGGGCAGGUUGUCGACCGUCGGCUCGGUCAGCGGCGAGGAGAGCUCCUCUGACAGGGGCUCGUACAUGUCGUCGUCCGUGGAGGGCGUGGCGAUGCUGCCCUUGGCCGCGUGGGCGCCGCCCAGCCGCUCGCUGCGCAGGGGCGUGAGGAGGGUGCGGACGGUUGCGACAGGCUCCGCCGCGGGGGGCUCCUCUCGCAGCUCCGAAGGGUCGCCGGAGGAGCUCCAGGCGGUCCCGGAGGGCAGCUUCGACGCCGACGAGGCCGCCGCCCCGGAGGAGGGGCGCCAGGAAGCCGACGAGGCCGCCCCGGCAGCCGCCCCGCCGAAGAGGCCGCGGCAGGUGCUCCCCUCGCGGCCGCUCCGCAAGGCCGGCCGGGGGCGGGUGGCGAGCCGCAGCCUGCGGCGCCUGAGGCAGACAGCGAGGGCGGAGGACUUGGCGCAGAUCCGGAAGGAUUUGCCCCGCACAUUUUCGGAGGAGCCGACGGUGGCUGCGCUCGCAGAGGUGUCCGAGGAGCUCCUGCUCGAGUACGCGGCGAGCGACCCUGAGGUCGGCUACUGCCAGGGCAUGAGCCACGUGGCCGCGGUGGCUGCGGCACACUUCCGGACACCGGCCGAGGCGUUCCCGCCGUUCGCCGAGGUGGUGCGGAGCGUCCGCGGUUUGUGGCUACCUGGCCUGCCGCUGCUGCUGCAGGGCAAGGUGGCCUUCGAGCGCAUAGGCAGAAGGCACUUGCCAGAAGUGUGGCGGCACCUGCGGGAGUUCGGGAUCGCUCCGGACAUGUUCCUGCUAGACGCGUGGCUGACGCUCUUCUCCAGGUGGCUCCCCUUCGCGAUGCUCUGGGGCGUCUUCGAGCUGGUGUGCAUGGAAGGGUUUACCGCAGUGCUCGCCCUCACAGCCGAGGUUCUGAGGGCGCACGAGGAAGCCUUGAUGGGGGCCAGCAGCUUCGAGGAGCUGUUUGUGCUUCUGAAGGCCUUGCCCGCCCAGAAGGCGCAGCCAGACGCGCGGCUGUUACUCGAGGCCACGAGGGCGCUUCUGCCCUCGGCGACCGAAGCCAUGACCGGCUCCGAGAUCAGGGGCGCGGAUUCGCCGUCCUCGAGUUCCGUGGUGGGGGGGCAGGUGGAGGAGACCGCGGGCCCGUCGCUGUGGGAGGGGAUGUUGACCGUGGCGAGACGGGGGCCGCGGCUCAUCUUCACCCACUCGGACUUACUCGAGGUCGACCCGCUGAACACCGAUCUCCGUUCAUGGAGGGGCUUCAUGAGCCACCUGACCGAGGCUGCGCACACGGCUGUGACCAUGACCUCCGCGUGCCUUCCAGUUCACCGUGAGGAGACCGCCAGCAAUUCCACCAACGGUUCCACCAAGGCACCCUCAAGGAGCCCGAGGUCCUCCGCGAAUUCGCAGAAGCCUUCCGCGCCCUCGCAGAGGGGCUCCUGGCGGUGCAGGGGGAAGUCCAGGGGCGGGCAGGAAGGCAAAAGGGGCUCGCGCCUCUGCUGCAUGGGCAAGUCUGUCGCCAGCGCUUCCAGUGACGACUUCCAGUGA